GAUCAGGUAGCCAGCCUUCCGAAGCACACUCAGAGGGAAGACAGGAGACAGGAACUCCAGGCGCAUCUGUUUUCUCGGUGGAGUUUCAGAGAACCGGCCAGGAGAGAUGGUCCAGUGGAUAAAGGUUCAUCUCACCAAACCAGAUCUCCUGAGUUGGAUCCCAGUCCUCCACAGGGUGGAAGUAAAGAACCCACUCCUCCACAAGGGAGCUUCCCCCAUUACUUAUUUACCAAAUAAGUAAGUAAAUAAAUAAAUGUAACUUUAUUUUAAGAUUAAAAAAAAAAAAAAAAGGGUGAGCCUUUGUUGCUCCGGGGCGGGUUUGACCUCUGCACCGAGGAGCCUGUUGGUCCUAAAUUCUUGCCUGCUCGCUUGGAGCGAGUGCGAUCGCCCUGGGGCUUGAGUUCUCUGCAGUGGUUAGAGGUCCAGGACCCGGGACUGGGACCACGUACAGAAUCACAAGAGGAAGGGGCGCGGCUCCCAGAGCCCCGCCACCACUCGAGACUCCCGCCCCUCCUCGGCCGGAGGUGGCGCCUCCCCUGCGGCGGCCGGGGACUGGAGGUGGCGUCGGGAGCUGGAGCCCGGGGCUCGGAUGUCACUGGGUGAUCGCCGGAACCCUGGAGCGCGUCUCGGGCUGGAGCCACAGUCCCCACCAGGUCCACCAACUCCAGUUCCCAACUGUACAACUAUGGAGACAACUAUGGGUACUGGGAGAGACCGCACCUCUCAGGCCUCAGACACUGAAAGCCUGGACUUGCGACGGCUGUCCACUCGCGCCGACUCUGCCUACAGCUCUUUCUCCACGGCGUCUGGUGGUCCCGAGACUCGCACGCCGUCCCCUGGCACCGAGCGGCUCCCUUACCUAGACUGGGACUACGUGCGAGUGGUUUGGGGCAACCGAUCCCCUAUCUCGAAAGACGCCGUACCUUCAAUGACCCAGGGACCUGGGCCUGCUGUAGUCGCUGGGCACAGUGACCCACGACCCCCAGAGGUUCAGGGGAACGCGGGACCACUAAGCAGACAAGACACCCCGCUGCUGUACGCGCUGACCGCGGAGGCUGAAGCUACAACACGCACCGCAGAGCCGCCCAGCCCGCCAGCUUCGCGGGCCGCCUACCGCCAGCGGCUGCAGGGCGCACAGCGGCGAGUGCUGCGGGAGACGUCCUUCCAGCGAAAGGAGCUCCGCAUGAGCCUGCCGGGCCGCUUGCGUCCUGCACUCCCCGCGCGACCUCCCACGGGGCACGUGCGCUCCGCCUCCAGCAGCCAGGAGCUAGGAGAAGCGGAGCCGGCGCGCGCCGCGGUCCCAGCUCUGGGGGCUGCUGGCCGGGGGCAUCUCGCCAGCCAGCAGCGGCUGUGCUGCUUCUCGGAGCCAGGCAAAUUACAUCGUGUGGGUUGGAGCGGUGGGCCCACGGGCGAGGGCUUGAGAGAGGCUUAUUCCACGCAGGAGUUGCAGCGUGGGAUGCACGCUAAGUCCAAAGGGCUGCAGGAGACUCAGUCCCUAAGCUCAACGGAGCUGAACUCCCGGUCCGCGAAUCUUGCCAGUGCCCAUAGACCUGCGGGUCGGAGUCAGAGUGUUUCAGGCUGCACGGGUUCAGAAAGGACUGUGGCCACUGUCCAGGUUGUUCCUCAAAGAGCAGACACCCCCAGACCACCGCUUCAGACCAAGCUUUCCAGGUUCUUGACUCAGAAGGAGGCUGCAGUGGUGUGUCCUGGAGAGGCUCUCCAGGCCAAACCAGCUGGCUGCGCUCGAAGAAACCCUGAGACCACGGUGUCUACUCCGGGCCCCUCCCUCCCUGACGAUGAAGUGUUCCUGAAAGAAGCCAAAACAGCAUCACCUCAAGAUUCCCAUGCGCCCCACGGGCUCCCAACCAGCACCUCCGACCGGCCGUCUGAAAAUGGCUUAAGCAAAAAAGCUGGUCAGAUUACAGUCUCAGCAGAGAGAGCUCUCCAUGAGGUUCCAGGGAUCGCAGGAGCAGACAACUGUUGGCAAGGGGUGAAUGGCUCUGUGCAUAUCUCCAGACCUACAAGCCGUAGCACUCCCGAGACUACAAACGAUGACACCCCAACCUUUGACACUAAUGGGACCACUGACCCCUCUGCAGCUACAGAGAAAAACCCCCUCAAACCUCCCUCCGUCGAUGUCUUGACAACUUCAGACUCUGAGACUCCAGGGUCCCCUCACCACGCUUCCCUGACCUGGGGCCAGCUAGGUUCCAAGCCUACUUGGCCUAGUCGGCAUUUUGAGGAGCUGGUUCAGGAGUUGGCCAGACUGGAUCCCUUUUUGAGUGAUACUCUUGCCGCCCAGCCUGGUCCAGAGCCACCUCUGGGCCUGUUGGAUGGGCUUUUUCCUGCCGAAGAGAUCCGGAGCGCGAUGAGGCCAGCCCGUGAGGAGGCUGGAGAGAAGGCGGGUGCAUCGGAGGAAGGGUCCUGUGGAUGCCACUUCACCCAGGAACUGCCAACUUCCCAGGAGGCGUCAAGGUCUGAAAAUUCUACCCCUGACCCUGUGCCUGACCAAUCAAGUGGCCAGGGAUUCCCAGAAGGAAACAGCACCCAGGCCAAGAAAGUGGAACUAGCCCGCCUCCUCCAAAAGAUGCUGCAGGAUCUUCACGCUGAGCAGGAGCGACUGCGGGGGAAGGCCGCAGACUGGACUCGACACAACGGAGCUCUGGAGGCUGCAGUGAGCCAAGCCUGCACUCCCCGGGAGCUGGAACGGUUCCGCCGGUUCAUGACUGAUCUAGAGCGCGUGCUUGGUCUUCUACUGCUGCUAGGCAGUCGCCUGACCCGUGUGAACCUCGCCUUGGCUAGGGCGGGCUCAGACAGCGACCCGGAUGAGAGGGCCUCUCUGCUGCAGCGACUCCUGCUUCUGCAGCGACAGCAAGAAGACGCCAAGGAGCUGAAGGAGCACGUGGCUCGGCGGGAGCAAACCCUGCGUCAGGUGUUGGAGCGGGAGCUGCCCGCAGAGCAUCUACGCUCCUAUUGUGUGCUGCUGGCCGCCAAGGCCAGGAUCCUGUCACAGCAGCGCAGCCUGGACGAUCGAAUUCGGUUCCUUAAGGAACAACUGGACACUAUCUGGAGCGACCUCAGCCAUCAUCCCCUUUCUCCCAGACUAUCCUGGGCCCCAGGAAUCCGUCCUCUAGACAAACAACCUUUUCUUGCUACCCUUAUCUAGUUACAGGUGGCGGAGGUGGGAACACUGUCCCAGGCUCACUCACAACUGGAGCCUUGCUUUAUACAGAGAGCUUUCCCUUGAGGGACUAGGGAGGAGUCAGACCAGGCCUUCCCAGGACACACCUUCCCACAGUGUUCUCCUGUGACCUUAUUCGAUUUGUAAUUAUUUAGGAAUUAAUUUGUGGGUUUUAAAAACUGCAGUAUUCAAAGCCUGGCCUGGAGGUGCUGUUGUAAUCCCAACUAUAUGGGAGGCUGAGGUGGGGAGAUUUUGAGGUCAAGGCCUAUCUGGGCUACAAAGGAAACUCAAAGCCAGCCUGGGGGACCUAGGAGACUCUGCCUCAAAAUAAAUCAUAAAAAGAGGACUGCAGAGAUGGGAGGCGGGGGGGGGGGGGGCUGGAGGUGAGAAGCUGGAGAGACGGCCCAGGAGUUAAGACCACUUGCUGUUCUUCCAGAGCAUUUGGGUUCCAUCAUCCAUGCUUUAUGACUCACAGCCCAGGCAGGGGAUCUGACACUGUCUGGUUUGCACAAAGGUGGCACACAUACACGCAAGCAAAACACUCCCAAAUAAACAAAUAAAUAUAAGAAUAACUUAAAAGAGAAGGCUACAGAUACAGCUGGGUUAUGGAGUGCCCACUUGUCAUGUGAGACCCUGGGGUCAAUCCCUAGUACGGCAUCAACGAAAACAAAACACGAGGAAGGAUCACGAACCCUGCACGCUCCCCAUGUGAUGGCGAGUCCCUCUGUCAGAGUCGGUGGGAGACAGAAGGGUUGAGAGAGGAGAACACUGCAGCUUAAGGUGUAAACGAGUAUCGCAUUUUAUUUUCUAAUAAAUUCUCUAAUAAGAGCAUGCAUUGCUCGAACUCAACAAGGGAAAGUAGAGAGUGGGGGCCGGGGGAUCUCCUUGGCAAACGCCAGCAGCAGUCCAGGAUGACCAGAAUGGAAGAGGGAAUUGGCAGAGUCUGGCCCAGCAAUGUCUGGGGAGACUGGAGAACCAAGUUAGAAAGCAAGAGGGGCUGAGGAGCACACCACUGCCCCGCACCACCCAGCAAUUGCUAACUUCAUCACCACCACAAAAGCUUAGGUCUUCUGCCAAUGAGAUGUCUUAGCUGUCAAAAGAAUUUGCUGUGCAAGUCUGAUAACCUGAGUUCAAACCCCCUAAUUCCACAGAAGAACAAAACCAACUCCCAGAAGUUGUCUUUUGAUCCAACACCAAUGCUAUGGCAUCCACAUACCCAUGGGCAAACUCAUGGUUUUGCCUAACCAUCACAACCAACUAUGCUUCCCAUCCCCCAUCCCUCAACCCCCCCCCCCCAAAAAAAAGUCCACUGAGUUUACAGUCUGUUAUCAAAGCACUUGCCAGGUGGAGAUGGGAGGUUUUUCUUGAGAACCAUGAGUUACAACCUAGAGACUUUCUGUAAAUGCCCCCCACACACAAUAUACACCUCAAAACACAAAAUUGAGCUUAUCCAGCUUUUGGUCAGAGACCAGUUCUGAAUAAGCCAGACAAGAAGGGAACAGAGGGAGGGAGUUGAAGAUGAGGCCUGAAGCCCCAGAAAGGCAGCUAGGACUUGCACUGUGUUUAGAGAAGGCCGACCCUGGGGCGGUAUGUGAUGGUCCAAAACACAGGACAAAACCCUGUGUGUGUGUGCAGCAGCCCCACGUACAGACGACCAGCUUUGCAAAUUAACACGAGACUGUAUCUUCAGUAUCUCAGCUGCAGACAUCAGAGAUAAGACUAUUUUCUCUCAAAGGCUCAGGGUAUUUUUGGAACUUGGGCACAUUAGAGAGCACGCGAAUGUGUAUUUAAAGCCAACAGACCUUAAAGUAAGAAAUCUCUGCUUCUGGGCUUGUUUUCUGAUGUGUAUUGUCACUAAGUGCAAAUGGCUGGGGGUUGUUAAUGGCCGUAUUCAUACUAAAAGCAUCAGUUGCAACAGUCGGGCUAUUGAGCACAGAACAAUGCUCUCAUUGUGAGAUUUUAUAUUUAAAAAAAAAAAAAAACACGCAUGAGGCUCCUGCCGGGGCCAUGGCGGGUUCUAACAUUAUGCUUUACUCUUGUUGCUUUGAACCCGUGGGCAGGGUCUGGGCACUAAGGUCUCUUGGAGGAGCCUUCUGCACGGAAGUUACUGAUCUCUGCCGGUUGCCCUACGCAAUUCCCAUUGCAUGCUUCUAUUAGGAUAUUCUUAGAAACACAUCUAACCUUGUCCAUUCAGCCAAUGGAAAAUGUGUAUUUCAGAGCACCUCUAGCUUAUGGGUGGGGAUAGGGACGAGUGCCAUCUUCGGGCUAGACCAAACCUUGGUUCUGCGCCAGGUUUUUCCGAACGGAGGAUAAGGAGAUUUCUGUGCUCAACCUGACAGUUUUCAAGAACCCCCAAUUCCAGAGCUGAUCCUGGUGUCCGGCCUGGUCUUGUCUCCUUCUUGCCUCAGUUUUUAACCUGCCCAAUCGGUGGUCUUUUUUGAAGGCACUUGGGAAUUCACAGCAGAGGUUCUGUGUGGGCGUCCCAGACUUCAAGAAUUCCGGGGUACCAGAAACCCGAUGCGUUGGCCCUGCGGUACAUCGCCAGCAGAUGGCACUGUUCCCUUACCGUGGACGCUUCCACCUACACUGGCCAUCGGCAGACUGGGAAACGCACAAGCGCCAGGGUAGCCACCAGAACUUGGCUUGUCUCUGAUGGACAGUGUCCCUGUUGGUUUUGAAAGCUGAAGCUGAGCCUUUUGUUUCUGUCGGAAAGAAAUUCGGGCUAGCUACGAAGGAAAAGGCUACCUUGCCUUUCACUACCCCCAAGCCAUUGUUGACUAAAUGAGAUGUGCCGAGGAGGGAAGCUGGGGAUGUGGGCGCAGAACAUCCAUCCAGGAAUGUAUCUGCCCGCCGCCUCCGCAGCUUGAGCAGUGAUUCGGUGUUGCUCUCGCCCUCGGCUGCUGGAGGCGGCGCCCUGGGCCUUGCUGGAUGUUUGGCUUGGGC